UUCAAUCAAUUAUUGGACACCAUACAAUGUAGUCGUAAGGAAUUUGUUGAGGGUCUAAAACAGUAUCGUGCCAUAGAAUUUGAAGGGUGGAUGCGUGUCCUAGAAUGUGAAUAUGAAUAUCGUAUUGUCAACUUGAUGGUGGGAUUGAUUGCAGAAAAUUCCUGGCCUCUUGAUGAGGUGGAACGUGAAGAGACCAUCAAUGCUUUGGAGGGUAUUGCCUCAAAACAAAUUGUUGAGGGCCUCUUUGAUGUCUACACUAUACCCACAGAGGGGAAGGAAAAUCGUUAUACUUAUAAGGAAGAUUUGGUGGCCCGAAUUGUGGCACAAAAUAUUUUACAACCAGGUUUGAAAUUUCGGGUGGAUGAGUUUUUAAGCACCUGGCAAGAGGCUGUGCCCGAGGGCAUGAAAUGUGAUGAAAAAUAUCUAAGAGGUUUGGGUAUAUUCGAUAAGGAAGGUGCGGUGCCUUGUAUACGCUCAUUGGCGGAAGAAAAUUUGCCCCUGAAUAUACAUGAUCGCAUGAGAAUGCUGUUUAAAACCAAACCGAAAUGGACUUUGGAUGAAAUUGAACCUUAUAUUGAAUGCUUCUCCACCCCCAUCCUUUCCGUUUCUCAGAUUAUGGCCAAAUAUGCCCGCUCAUUAAUGGAAAAUGGUGUUCGUUAUUAUGUUACUAAACAUUAAAG